CACGCACACUCACAAAGGUUUCAGAGAGGAGGGAACAACGUGAAUGACCUUGCAAAGGCAUCUAACCCACUGGGGACAGGAUUAGCAAAUCUGCAACCUUGACAAAUAUUUAUCGGCUUUCCCCGCCAUUCCUGCGGAAGCAGCUCUCUUCUCUUGCGCCCGUCUCUCCAGUUGCUUCUGGGCUCGCUCAGCCAUACAAAGCCCAACCCGCCCAUCUCUUCUUUGCAAACCCAGAGAACUUCAGUCCGCAUGUUGAAACUCGUCAGUGGCGGUAGCGGGCAGGACUGGGCAUGCUCAGUAGCGGAGGCUGGUCUGGGAAGCGAGGGAGCCGCGUUUGAAGUCGCGCGGCCGGGAGAUUUGGGGGAGGCGAGCUGCGGGGGCCCUGGCUGGGGGUGCGCCGGGAUCCCCGAUUCCGCGCCCGCGGUGGGCAUGCUCCAGGCCGGCGCGGCGGGGUCGGCAUGCGGGGGACAGGACGCGGAGGAGCUCGGGGAGCCGGUGGGAGGAGCGGAGGAGCGCCCGGCUCGCCUUCCUCCGCCGCCGGCUCUGCGGCUGCUGAAUCGGAAGCCGCAGGGAGGAUCCGAGGAAAUAAAGACGUCUGAGAAUGACUCCCAGCGAGGCCGCCUGAGGCGGGGCCCGCGCGCUGCCCCGCCAGCCUCCGGCAUGGGCGACUACGGCCGGCAGCCGGAGCGCUCGGCCCCGCACACCCCGGGGGAUCCCACCGGCGCCCGCGCUGCCGCCGUGAACGGGCUGCUGCACAACGGUUUCCACCAGCUGCCGGUCCAGCAGCCGCGCUUCUUCAACCGGGGAUCCGUGGGCAGUGGCGACCCGGCGCCCCCGCGCCUCCUGCUCCAGCCCGAGCUCCAGCCGCAGCCGCAGCCGCCGCCCGCGCAGCACGACUCCCCAGCCAAGAAAUGCCGGCUGCGGAGGAGGAUGGACUCGGGGAAGAAGAACAGGCCGCCAUUCCCAUGGUUUGGCAUGGAUAUCGGUGGCACGUUGGUUAAAUUGGUCUACUUCGAACCUAAGGAUAUUACAGCCGAAGAGGAACAAGAGGAAGUGGAGAACCUGAAGAGCAUCAGGAAGUAUUUGACUUCUAAUAUUGCUUAUGGGAAAACUGGGAUCCGGGAUGUCCACCUGGAACUGAAAAACUUGACCAUGUGUGGGCGCAAAGGGAACCUGCAUUUCAUCCGCUUCCCCAGCAGUGCUAUGCACACGUUCAUUCAGAUGGGCAGCGAGAAGAACUUCUCCAGCCUUCACACUACGCUCUGUGCCACAGGAGGCGGGGCUUUCAAGUUCGAAGAGGACUUCCGAAUGAUUGCGAAUCUGCAGCUUCAUAAACUGGACGAACUGGACUGUCUGAUUCAGGGCCUGCUCUAUGUUGACUCCGUUGGCUUCAACGGCAACCCGGAAUGUUACUAUUUUGAAAAUCCCACAAAUCCUGAAUUGUGUCAAAAAAAGCCGUACUGCCUUGAUAACCCAUACCCUAUGCUGCUGGUGAACAUGGGCUCAGGUGUCAGCAUCCUAGCCGUGUACUCCAAGGACAACUAUAAAAGAGUUACAGGGACCAGUCUUGGAGGUGGAACAUUCCUAGGCCUAUGUUGCUUGCUGACUGGUUGUGAGACCUUUGAAGAAGCUCUGGAAAUGGCAGCUAAAGGCGACAGCACCAAUGUUGAUAAGCUGGUGAAGGACAUUUACGGAGGAGACUAUGAACGAUUUGGCCUUCAAGGAUCUGCUGUAGCAUCAAGCUUUGGCAACAUGAUGAGUAAGGAAAAGCGAGAUUCCAUCAGCAAGGAGGACCUCGCCCGAGCCACACUGGUCACCAUCACCAACAAUAUUGGCUCCAUUGCUCGGAUGUGUGCACUGAAUGAGAAUAUUGACAGAGUUGUGUUUGCUGGGAAUUUUCUCAGAAUCAAUAUGGUCUCCAUGAAGCUGCUAGCAUAUGCCAUGGAUUUUUGGUCCAAAGGACAGCUAAAAGCUCUGUUUUUGGAACAUGAGGGUUAUUUUGGAGCUGUUGGGGCACUGUUAGAACUGUUCAAAAUGACUGAUGACCAGUAGAGAUGAGCCAUAGGUGGAACAACAGCCUUCUGUGAGAACAGAGACCUGAGAACUGCUGCUGGCGAAGGUGGAAGCCACUGUGGAACGGAAGCCAAGCCAUUCGUGGCAGAUACCCCUGCUGGAUUUGUAAAUAAUUCAGAAUCCUUCUAGCUGAUCUUUUACUCUUGGGUCUUGAGCUUAUGAUUCAAAACGGGGAAUACAAGAGUUUUUUUCUGUAUACUGUAUUUUUUAAAAAAAAAUUUGUGCAGUGUGGCCAAACUUACCAAUUUUAUGCAUUAACUUUGAGAAGUUGUAUGAUGUUUAAGAAGGACUGGAAAUGUAAGUGCUGUUUAUUUUUCUUCUGGGGUUUACUGAUCAGUGUGGUGAUUUUUAAAUUCAUUUAGUAAUUACUCUAGGAGAUUUUACCUUUACUUAUAUUUUUCAUGACGUUUCAUGAUUUGCUGUUGGUUUCAAAUGAAACUACCAAUCUGGCAUGUUUUACUGUGAACACUAUUUUGUUUGUUUGUUUACCUUUUUUGUCUUGUUUUUUUUUUUUCUGUUUGAAUGUCUUACGGAAAAAAGAGUCUUUCCUACUGUGUUUAUUCUCCAAUGACUCCCCUCUCGGCCAUACCUUCCUUUAAUGUAAUUGUUCAUAUUAAUCAAGGUGCUGUCCAACUCAAUACAAAGUUAAGCAUGAAAUCUAAAGCUCUCGAAAGUGGCCUUGAAGGGAAAACUCUGAAUGUGCUCAUGAAUUUAAUGAGUCUGGCGGAAGUUGAAAAUUAUAUGAAAUUUUGUCUCAUCCCUUAUGAAUAUAUAGUGUUUUGUUGGAUUUAUUUUAUGUCAGGUUGUGUCAAAUUGAAAGGUUCUAUGGUGAAAUGUCCUCAUCCACGCACAGAAUAUGAGUGGCAGCAAAUCCUUCGGCAGGACAUUGAAAUUGACAGGGCAAAGUCUCCCGGUAGAUGAACUGUUCACAUUGGGAGGUUUAGGAGAAGUCAGGUAGUAAUAGCUAUUUGUUUUGUUCAUGUAUGUACCUAGGAGCUUUAUGACAAGGCACCUUAAAUAAUAAUUAAGUUUUUUUUUUCAUUUGAAAUAUUUUAAACUAAAAACUGAAUUUCAAUCUCAGUUUCUCAAAUUGAAAGAAAAAUUAACCUACUGGUCUCUCUAGAUAUAUUCUUCUUUUUGAAAGACAUCAUUGGGACUGAUGGGCAGCCUUUAAAUGUCAGUCUUGUACAAAUAUUGAAAAGCAUGAGCUCUAAUGAUUUGGAACUAAUUAAUCUUUUGAAUUGAGCAUAUUGUUGAAAGUGAUUUGGGAAAAGCAUACAUUGCUCCAUGAUGAAUCUUCUCUGCCUUCUGAGCACCACCUUUAAUUUCCACGUCUUUAAAUCUUCAAGAAGUUGAUGUUAAUUGAAGUAUUCACUUGUCUGGUUGAAAUAAAGCCUGUUCCUGUUGUGA